AUGGAACCAGCAAUAGAUCAAAACCUCAAGCUCUCAGAUUUGUCUUUUAAUAUAUUGGGCAUUAUAUUAGAGUUUUUGAAUUACAGAGAAAUUUGUGUGCUCGGCGCGACUUCUAAGCGUUUGAAAUUGGCAUCAGAGAUGGAUGUUAUUUGAAGCCAAAGUCUUGACACAGGGGAUUCUGGAAAAGAAAAGAAAAGGAUUUUUCUUUCGAGAGGGAACAUAACCCAAAACAUAUUCAAUGGAUCUUAUCAGACAUAUCUUUUUGAAGGACAUUCCAAAACGAUAACUAGGAUUACGACUAAAGAAAAUUUCAUUUUAAGUGCGUCUGCUGAUGGUAGUGCUAGAGUGUGGGAUACGACUAAAAUGGCAUCAAGAGUUUUGGCUGGUCAUUCAGAUGCAGUUAUUUCUGCGAAGUUUUGUGGAGAGAAAAUUGUGACUGCAUCUACAGAUAAAACUGUGAGAAUUUGGACAGAAGAUCAGGAACCAAAAAUACUUACUCUCUAUCAAUAAAGCUGCACUAUAUUUCUAAAAGAUGCAAUAUCAGAAAAAUAAUAAUUUUUUAUACCAUUUUAUAUUGGGAGACAUUUUUACUGGCCAGCCAAUGUUCUAUUUUUCUUUUUUCGAACUGCCUAUUUGAAGAAGAAAUAGAUACUUAUUGGUGCACUGAUAAAAAUGUUCUGUGUAAAUUUUUAUGAUUGAAUUUUCUUAUAUCUUUGCAUUUAAAUAAAAUAUCUCUGAAAACCUCUAUAAAUCCAAAUUUUCUUGGAAAAUAAAUUAAAAGGCCACAUCAAGAGUAGUUAGAGGCCAUCUGCAAGGAAUUUCUGCACUGCAAAAAAUCGACGAAGAUAGAGUGAUUACUGGGUCAUAUGACAAAACUGUAAAAAUUUGGAACGUAAAUAAAGGGAAAUGUGUAGAUUCAUAUAACGACCAUUCUACUGCAGUGUAUAAGAUUUUCACAUAAAUAAAAUGGCAUUCGUUCGAGAGAAAUUAGCUUUGCUAAUUUUCUCUCCCUCAUGGAAUUUUAUUUAUGGGGUUGGGGUUUUCUCUCGAGAACUUCUGCACAGCAAUAGCUGAAAAACUUUGGGGAUAACCAAAGGAACAGCUCCUCAGUGCACUCAAGAUUUCGGAGUUUUACCUCUCAGCACAUCCCCACGGGAGGAUGACCCUUAGGCGGAACACGCGCAGGAGCUGAGUCGGGGUAAGGGCGACGGCAACGCGCUGGGUGAGACGUGCGGCGAAGAAGGGCGAAGUGCAGGUAAAGGCUUGGCCGGUGGGCUAACCAUCGCGAUUCCAAGAUGGCCCGGCGACGUCAUCAAUUUUCGCUAUAACUCCAUUUUUAUGGGGUGCGGCACUAGACACCUUAAACACCAGACACUAAGUUAAGUUAAGUUAAGUAUAAGAUUUUCACUGAAGACAAUCUUUUUGCUUCCUGUGCUCACCAAGACAGCAAAGCUUAUGUCAGAGAUAUGGCUCGUGGAGAACUAGUUCAGGUCUUUGGCGCGUAAUUUCUAUAUAGAAAAACUCAGCCUCAAGCCCAAAGAUGGGGUCCUCCUCAAAACGAAAUCAGGUCUCUCUACCUCUCUGCCCCUCUAUUUUUUACAGGCGAAAUCAACAAAAUCCGUAUAUGAGACAUGAGAUCCCCAGUUCAGGCUGGAGAAACUCAAGUAACUACCCCUCUAAAGAACAUGAGCAUAAAAGAGGAAAAUACGAACGGUAUCUUUAAAAUGAUUUACUCUCAGUUCUCCAACCUUAUGCUUGUAGGCUGUAUGGGACUUUUAGGCCUAUUCGCAUUUGAUAUGCGGUCAUAUAAAAAGAGCUUCUACGUUCCCUCCCACGAUUACCCCAUUUUAGCUUUUGACUCCGGAGAAAGAGUACUGAAUAACAUUGCAGUCACCUCAGGAACGACCACUAAUUAUAGAUAUGAGCUCUCAGUCCACGACUUAUCAAGCCCUCAAGAAGUCUGCACCAAGUUUGUCCCAGGCCAUAAAGCUGUAAUCACAUCUAUUUGUGUAGGCGAAGACAUCAUUGUCAGUGGCUCUAAGAACGGAAGUUUGCGAGGACUCUGCUUCAGAAGAAACAGAGAUGCGCUCAGAAGAGCGAAUUCUGGGAACAGUUUCAGAAUUAGAAGUGCUAAUUAA